GGCUGGUGCUGCGGGAGGGCUCCCCGCCGCGCUAGGCGCGGGCAGGCGGCCAGCGGCAGGGCAGGGGGCGCCGGUGAAGCCGGUGUUCCGCGCUGAGGUGGCCCGGCAGUGGGAGGUGUGCCGCUUUUUUUCUGCUCAGGCACCGAGAGAGACAGCUCCGGCGCUGGGGGGGGGCGGCGAAGGGAGGAGAAGCAAGAUGGCAGCUUCCUUGUGGCUGAGCUGCGGCGGCAAGGGCGCGGUGGCGAGGCUGCUGCUGCGGGGGCGGCCAGCUCUGCGCGCUGGCGGACUUUCCCCCCAUCGAGGCGGCUGGAGGUGCCUGCAUGAGACCCGCGAGCUGCUGGGUACACCUGGUAUUAAAGUUCUCAUGCCUGCACUUUCUCCUACAAUGGAAGAAGGAAACAUUGUGAAAUGGUUAAAAAAGGAAGGUGAAACAGUGAAUGCUGGAGAUGCCUUGUGUGAAAUUGAGACAGACAAAGCGGUGAUUACCAUGGAAUCAAGUGAUGAUGGCAUAUUGGCUAAAAUACUGGUGGCAGAAGGAAGCAAAAAUGUACGCUUGGGCUCACUAAUUGGUCUACUGGUAGAGGAAGGACAGGACUGGAAGCAAGUUGAAAUACCAUCUGAUGGUAGUGAUCCAUCUUCUCUAGCUCCACCAGCACCUGCGCUUACCUCAACUCCUGCAGGUCCUUCAGUUUCAGCUCCUCCUAAACUGGAACAUCAGCCUGGAAAAUUGCAGGUUCGCUUAAGUCCUGCAGCUCGCAACAUUCUGGCAACGCAUGGUCUAGAUCCAAGCAAUGUUACACCUUCUGGGCCUCGAGGAAUCUUCACUAAAGAGGAUGCUCUCAAACUUCUGCAAGAGAAGCAGAAGGGCAAACCCAGUGAAUUGAAACCUGUGGUUUCUCCAGCUCCUCCACAGCCUACCACAGUGCCUUCUGCUUCGCAAACAGCAGCUGUGACUUCUGCUUAUCCAAGGCCAGCAUUUCCUCCAAUUUCCACACCAGGACAACCUGCUGCACUGGGCACGUUUACAGAAAUCCCAGCUAGCAACAUCCGAAGAGUUAUCGCUAAGAGAUUAACAGAGUCUAAAGCUACUAUACCUCAUGCAUAUGCUGCUGCAGACUGUGACAUUGAUGCUAUUUUGAAGUUAAGAAAAGAACUGGCCAAAGAUGACAUUAAAGUAUCUGUAAAUGAUUUUAUUAUCAAGGCAACUGCAGUUACUCUGAAGCAAAUGCCAGAUGUGAACGUAACCUGGGAUGGAGAAUCCUGCAGGCAGCUGCAGUCCAUUGACAUUUCUAUUGCUGUGGCAACAGACCGAGGUCUCAUUACACCAAUCAUAAAAGAUGUUGCCGCCAAGGGAAUAAAGGAAAUUGCUGCCUCUGCAAAGGCUCUAGCAAAGAAAGCAAGAGAUGGAAAACUAUUACCAGAAGAGUACCAGGGAGGAUCUUUUAGUAUCUCCAAUCUGGGCAUGUUUGGCAUCAAUGAUUUUACUGCAGUCAUAAACCCUCCACAGGCCUGCAUCCUAGCUGUGGGCCGAGCAAGACCAGAGCUCAAGAUUGUGGAAGAUGAAGAAGGGAAUGAGAAACUUAAGCAGCAUCAACUCAUGACAGUGACUCUUUCAAGUGAUGGUCGGGUGGUAGAUGAUGAACUGGCUUCGAAGUUUCUGGAGACCUUGAAAGCCAACAUAGAAAAUCCAAUCCGUCUUGCCUUGUGUUAAACUCAGUGGAUUGCUUCUUCUUAUGACAACAUAGAUAACUGUUACAUACUUGAGGUUGUUCUUCUGUAUAGAGGAGUAAAUAGUUACUGUAGGAUGGAUAGUUAAUUUAUUGAAUUAAUGUGAAAACCUCUUAAUUUUCAUGCUCAUAGUCUUUUGCAAUGACCAGGUUUUAAUACUGUAAAGCUAAAAGACUUCAGAGUUAACAUACUACAUUUCUUUAAACACUGAGUACUAAUGGCAAAUAACAUUUGUGUAGAAAAGUCAGUCUGCUCUGUAAAGGAAAACUCAAGAAAACUUGAUGAAGUUUAAAAAGGAAUCAUAUAAUAGUUUGGAUUGAAAGGGACCUUUAAGGGUCAUCUAGUCCAACUGCCUCUGCAGUGAGCAGGGCCAUCUUCAAUGAGAUCAGGUUGCUCAGAGCCCUGUCCAGCCUGACCUUGAAUGUUUCCAGGGAUGGGGCAUCUACCACCUCUCUGGACAACCUGUUCCAGUGUUUCACCAACCUCAUCAUAAAAAAAAAAAAAAAUUCUUCCUUGUAUCUAGUUUAAAUCUACCCUCUUUUAGUUUACAACCCUUCCCCUUGUCCUGUCACUACAGGCCUUGCUAAAACGUCUGUCUCCAUCCUUCUCAUAAUCCCCCUUUAAGUCCUGAAAGGCUUCCCUGAGGUCUCCCUCCUUUUCUCCAGGCUGAACAACUCCAACCCCCCCUGGCCUGUCCCUCAUAGCAGAGGUGCUCCAGUCCCUGGAUCAUUUUUGUGGCCCUCUUCCAGACCCGCUCCAACUAGUUCAUCUUUUUCCUGUCCUGAGGACUCCAGAGCUGGACACAGUACUCCAGGGGUGGUCUUUCCAGUGCUGAAAUGGAAUGCUUUAUUUAAGGGCUUUGUUUUAUGUAUAUAACUAUAUAUCUAGCGUUUAUAGUGAGGAAAGCGAGACUCAUAAUUGAGUAAAGUGCUGCUAUGGCUCCUGGUCAGUACUGAGGUAACCAAGUAGCUCAAUUAUAUUUCUGCAGUAGAAAGUUUGUCAAUUUUCAGGAGGCUUUUUCUGGCAUGUUGUUCCAUCCAAGUUAGAUUGAAGUAGUGUUUAUAAGAUUUUGACAGAUAUUUCAAUGGCUUCCUACAUAAAAGCAAAGACAUUACAAACCAAAACCAUUUUGGUUCAGUUUUUUUAUGUCACAGAUUUAACUGCUCUUUAUGUUCUCCUUUACUAUAAGCUGCAUCAAAGAAAAUAAGAUGAAUGUGGAGAUGAAUGCAAAAAAAGAAAUAACAAGAAAUUCUGAGGAAGACUGAAGUAGAUGAUAGAUAAAAAAUAAUUUCUCAAAAUACUAAGUAAUUGGUGAAAUCCACAGCUUCAUUCAUAUAAUUAGAACUCAUUCAAACACAUUUAAACUGUAGAUGCAUCUGCUUUUUUCAGUAUUUAAAGUUAACCGCAUAAUUAAUGCCUUGCAGAGGGAUAGAGAGGAGAAUAAAUUUGUCUGAAUAAAUGCAUUCUCCAUAAAGAAUGGAAUCUAAGUGUCAUUGAUUUUUGGGUUUUGAUGGAACCAACAUCUAGUGAAAACAUUUUGCGUAAAAAAAAAAUUAAUAAUAGGUUUUCUUUGACUUAAUUUGUAGACAAUUACAUUUUUCUAAAUUCAGAAGUUGCCCCAACUCAGAUAUCUUCUUCAGUAUCACAAAAUGUAAAAAAAUAUUUUUUUCAGGUGCUCUGUGAUACACUGUGGUUAACUUAAAACAUAAGUUAAUUUUGUCAGCAGUGUUGUGAUGAAAAACUAGCUGUGAUCUCUAAAUCUCAUAGAGGUUCCAGUAUGAAAGGUCGUAUUUUGCACACUGGAUAUUGCUGUUUAAUGCUGUUCUUUGCAUGGAUAGGAGAAGGAUGUAAGCAGAAAGUGUUUAAUCAUCAGUGUGUAUUGAAUUGUAACUCAGAGGCUUAAGUGCAAUGGCCUGAAGUUUAAAUUAACAGAUUGGGCUUUUUUCUUGUAUAUAAUUACGGAACCAUGUAUUGUAUGUGUUUGUAAUGAAAUAACUGCAUUUACAGGACCUGGUGAGAAUAUAAAUUAUCAGUAGAAUUUUAGGAAUUUGGCUUAAUCUGUUUUGUGAAAGUACUUUUUUUAAAGAUUUGGAGGACAUGUUUGUUGAGCUGCUGCCAUAAUUAUAAAGCUAAUUACCAGACAAAAUCUUUUGUUAAUACUGAGUUGAGAGGUUUUUCUAAAUGAGUUUGCUUCUUCAGCUUGUUCUUAUAUCAUAAAUUUCAUAAACUGUUAAUCUAACAGUAGGGAGAGAUUCUGAUUGCUAAAUAUCGUUUACUGUGCAAUAACGGACAUAUCCAUUCUGUAUUUCCAGGAGUUUCUCACUGAUAAAUUAUAUUCAAGAUUGGUGCUGAAGAUUAGUUUGCAAUCUUAAAUGGUUAACCAUGUAUUUUUCUGAAGUUUUGUCAAUCCCGUAUUACUUAAAAGGGAAAAACCCCACCGAUGUACAUUAUUAAGGACAAUAUAUAAAAGAAAUUGUCAUUGUUUGCAUAGCUAAACCUGGUCUACCCAAGAGAAUUUGCAGACUAAUUUAAAAUCAGAUAUACUGUUCUUCAUUUUUGUACUUGGUGCUCUAGUGUUGUUGUGUGCUCCCCAGCAUUUAUAUAUUCUACUCUUCAGCUGGCCACAGUUAAAGGUAGUGUGACUGAUGUGUACAACUAUAGUUUUGCAUGCGUGUGUGUUCAUGUAGUGCAAGUCAGUAUGUUUUUUUGGUUUUGGGAGCCACUGGAAGGCACUGUUGUAUGUAAGUAUACAAUGUUUAGCCUGGCUCAUUUGUGUGGGUACUAAUCCAUUAUACUUUCCCUGUUUGACAUGGACAGGUGAAGACAAUGCAACUUUUUCUCCAGGUUAAAUACACCUUUUGAACUAGGCAAAACUCAGUAAGGUCAAUACAAGCUUUAAUUCCAAUUUCUUUAUACCUGCCUGCUUGUCAUCACUGUCAUUUCACAUAAAGAUGGAUGUAUGUGAUUUGUUAGUCCUCAGCCUGUGAAAGAAACCUCUGGAGUUCAGACAUGUGAUAGCAGUCAGAUCUCCUUAAUUCAGAGUAAUUGUACCAUUUAGCAACACCUACCACUUCAGCAGAACUGAGACAACAAAUAGUUGCCCAUGUGGAUUAAAAUAAAACAUUUAAUAUCUCCUUGAAGAAUUCGGGGAUUUGGGGAUAGGGGCAAUAGAUAAAAUGGCCCAGAAAAUGAACCAUUGAAAUGGUUAUGCUUACAUUUGAAGCAAAUUUUCCUUGAAGCAAAAAUUUCGCGUAUGAAAAAUACAAAUUUUCAUUUUUUUAUUCUUUAAAAUGUUUUCUGACAACAUCUUUUUUUACGUACCUAAGCAAGAAAUACCAUGAAGACAUCUACCUUCUUAAAGAAUUAAAAAACAAAACCAAAAAAACGUAAGGAGUGUGCUAACAUCUGAUGGAAAUGUCUGCCUCUUUAGGGUAUGCUUGGGGAAAAUUACUUUCUUUGUAUCAUUUUCCUUUGCAAGAGGCAUAGAUAGAAAAAAAAAAAAAGGUAGCUAUUUUGGACUUUGUGAUUGCUGGCAAGUAUUGAUCUGUGUCACAGUUUAAUCCCUAAUUAUUCUGUCAGAAUAUUUGACUUCUUUGGAUCUUUUUUUCUGCAGUGUAUUUCUUACGAAAUAAAGUUUCUGUAAUUAAUCUUCCUACACAUAAUCUCUGAAAGAACUUCACUCCUGCAAAGUGUAUGCGUAGUGUUAUUUUCAUCUAUUUCUUUUGUCCACGUGUUCAUCUCCAUCAAACAAAAUAACAGUAGGCACUCUUAUUUCAACUAAUUAGUUGAACUAAUUAAUUCAACUAAGUCCCAUUGGAUAAAAAAUUAUUUUAAAGUUGAGUAGGAAGCCAUAGAUAUGACAAAUAAUCCAAGAAACAAAGUCUGAAUACAUGCUUUUAUGUGCUCUUGUACAGAAAGUUGAUAUUGAUCGCAUUAAAGUAUAUGCAAUUGCAGAGUGAAUUAAAGGGGAACUAAUUCAGAAUUGUGUCAUACUUGAUGUGUUUUUCAUAUGCAAUAAUUUGUGCCAUAAGGUGAAGGAAAAUAAAGAAAAAGGUGCCAUUAGGA